AUGCCAACACCUGGAUUGUUAUUUGACGAUGAAGGAAAAGAAAACAUACAUUUCCGAGGCCUGGAUAUAGAGGCCUCAUCGCCUCGAAACUUUUUCCUCGAAAAACCACCCGCGAAUUGGAAAUCAGAGCAAUCGCCUAUUUCUCCUGGUGUGACUGUGCUGUUAACUCCUGCCUACGGGGAUGUGGAUGGCGAUUUGGAUGUGAUGGAGUUCUUUCAGGCAGCGGCAUAUCCCGGACCACGAGCGGUGCGGAUUACUGCGGACAGACCACGAGAUAUACAGAGAUCUGCGAAUGUGGAUAAGAAGAAACGUCCAUCAAAAGUUGGUCUUCCGUCGCCGAAAACCCCUAAGGCUUGGCCAUCGAUCGUGGAACCAGAUAUUAGUACUCUCCCUAGUCAGGAAGAGGUUGAAAGAAAUGUUCUGGAAGCUCGCCACAAGCUGGUUGGACAAAAGACCUCGGGUUAUAUUAGGCGUCCUCGGCUUGAUAAUCCACUGGAAGCAUAUCUUGUGGCCCCAGGACCUAUGUCAAAUCGAAAACAGACGAGAUCGCCAUCUCCGGAGAUCAAUUACCCAAAGAGGUGUCCUGAGCGUGGCCAGAGUCGAAGCCCGGCGGUUGAUGAUCGAAAACGAUUUCUUGAACCACAGCAUUCGCUAUUGCAAAAUAGGCAACAGAAAAGAGUUCUAUCUAAUGAGGCUAAAGUACUCAGAAGCACCCGUAGUGAAAAGAGUAUGCGAGACCCAACAUCCGCAAUUAACGGUACCAUACCAAGAACGCCUAGUCCAGUCUUUGAUUUCGACGACUCAGAAAUCACAGAUAUUGAGAGUGGUACUGAGGAUGAUGAGAGAGGCAACGAGAGAUUAAGUAGAUGUGAAACAUUAUCAAGCCAAGAUCCACAUAGUCCGAUGUUCGACAGCCCGCCAAAGCCAUUGGAAAAAGAUUGGAAAUUCCGUCUUCAACAAGAUUGUGCUACCGGUACUCUUGGUGCUUUACAGUCACCUUCGAUGUCUUCCUCUGCUAGUCAAACUCCUCGAAAACUCCCAAAGUCGACGAAUAAAAGACUGGGCGAGAUUGGAAUACCUAAUUAUAGUGCUAUGUAUUCAAACGAUUACACAAUGGGCACACAUACAACUCGUCCUCGUCAAAUUAGUGCAGAAAUAUCAGUACGCUCUCCCAUCUCACCUAAUGUGCCGCCUCCUCGAAGGAGAAGUCCACCUAUAAUGGCUCCAAUUCAUCGAGACCAGAGUGAGGCAAGAGGUGCAACAUUUGAGCCGGAAUCUCGCACACCGAGAACUCUAGUGACCAAUUGGCUUACGAGUAUGUCUUCUAACGCUGGACGUAAGGAACAACCUCGAGAGCAUGAUGUUUUCUGGAAACGGAGUUGGGGUCGAAAGACGAAACCUAAAAUGGAAGGCUGGAUUUAA